AUGAUCGAAGCGCCGCAAUUACUGUUGGAUCCAUCUCUCGCCGUUGCGCGGGUGUUUCUGCGUACGAGUAUGAAUACCCGGUGUGAUGACAAUGAUGUGGCACGAUGUGCGUCAGCCUUGAAAUCCCUUCGUAACUCCUCAAUAUACCAAGUCGAGCAUGUGGGUAGCGUCCUCGCUCUCGGGCUUACGCUCCAGACAUUCCAGCGUCUGACCUCAGGUGUUUCCGCUGAUGUGAUCUGCCGCGCUACCCUGCAUCAUGUUCAGCCUUGGUAUGAGCGCAUGUGGAAUGAUCCGAGUGCCAGUAUGGAACUGGUUUGCCUUGUAUUCAUCGACACGAUGCAGUCACUCUUUCGGCGCCGCGUACCAGUCUUGCCGUAUCGAGUGCGAGAUCCUUUCCUCGUUGACCGAUAUGCUGGCAUUUGCUGCCCGCUACUGCCUCUACUUUAUCGGGUAUGCGUGAUGGCUGCAGCGGUACGAGAGGACGAUGCGUGGUCUACGACUCAUAUAUCAACAUGGGAGAUUUUGAAGGACGAGAUAUAUUCCUGGCUCCCGUCGAUUGCAUCCAACACUUUCGAAGACUUCUCCGAAAGCGAGAAGACUCUUGUUAUGAGCCAGGCCCAGGUGUACCGCGACGGCGCAUUACUCCUUUUACAACGGAUCCGAUUUCCCCUCACAAACAGCGAUGAGGAUUCCAAAAGCUUGUCGAAAUCCAUAGUCAACCAUAUCCGAUAUUGCUACGCUAAUACCGGCCAUGCUCCUCGCAACAUUACAUUACCAUUUCUAGUGGCAGCAGCGGAAGCAGAGAAUACAAGGGAUCGGCACGAAAUCCUUUCUCUAGUUAGCAUACUUCGUGGGGCCAACAUAUAUCCAUGUUUUUCAACAUUAAGGGAACUGGUUCAGAAUAUAUGGGUUGCUCAGGAGAGUGGAAACCCUCCGUCAUUGUUCAGUGUAUUUGACCAGCACGCAGAUAUCAAUAUCCUACCAUGA